GGAAUUCCAGACUCUUUUGUUUCUCUGCGCUUUCACGAUAGUCGACGGCGAGCCCGGCAACGAACCUCAACCCAUCCAUGCCAACGAUAACUUUACUCUUUUGGUCGUCUCCAGGCACAUCCCCACUGUCUCCCCACUGCAAGAGUCUCUGUCGAAGCAUCCAAGAACACACUCCGCCCCCCUAGCAUCCGACUAUCCUUCCUGGUUCGGUCCUUGAGAUCUGGGCCCCCGUUUUUCCUGCCAUGGUCCCUUCCCCGAGAAUGGGGUGCCCUCCAAUCCCUGGGAUGGAGGCGACGUUUUGUCUUGCCGACGUAUGGACCGUUCAUGUAAAACCUUUCAUUUAAUUUUCGUUAAGCGCACUAAUAAUCCCACGAUGCGGUUAUUAACUUCCGACGCUGGGUUAUAUAUCUCCACGCUUCCCACGUUGCCUCCCCGGUUUCCUUCUCUCUUCUCAUCCCAUCUUUCAUCCCUUCAUCAACCACCAAGGAUUCGUUAGAUCACUGAGGAAUCCAUCUGUCAUCAUGGGUGUCUCUAAUCUGAUGGCCCGGCUUAAGCCGCAGGCCGACCAGCCUGAACACCAGGAACACUCCGAUACCCCUACUCCUGUCAGAGCCGACUCAAGCUUGGAGAAGGAUAAUGUCAUGCUUGACGAUAGCCCCGUCAAGUAUCUGACAUGGCGGUCCUUCAUCUUGGGUUUGUGUGUCUCGAUGGGUGGCUUUAUCUUCGGUUACUCAACCGGUCAAAUUGCUGGCUUUACAACUAUGAAUGAUUUCAAGAUGCGCUUUGCGGAACAGCACGCUGAUGGAACAUACGCUUUCAGCAACGUGCGCAAUGGUUUGAUUGUCGGUCUGUUGUCCAUUGGUACCAUGAUUGGCGCCCUCGUCGCUGCUCCUAUCGCCGAUCGUAUUGGUCGCAAAUACUCUAUCUCCUUCUGGUCGGUGAUCCACAUCGUCGGUAUCAUCAUUCAGAUCGCUACCACCGACAAUUGGGUCCAAGUUGCUAUGGGUCGUUGGGUGGCCGGUCUGGGUGUCGGCGCUCUGUCCAGUAUCGUCCCCAUGUAUCAGAGUGAGUCCGCUCCUCGUCAGGUCCGUGGUGCCAUGGUCAGUGCCUUCCAGCUGUUCGUUGCCUUCGGUAUCUUCAUCUCUUAUCUUGUCAACUUCGGUACCGAAUCCAUCAACGGUACCGCUUCCUGGCGUAUCACUAUGGGCAUCGGCUUCGCCUGGCCCUUGAUCCUGGGUGUUGGUACUUUGUUCCUUCCCGAGUCUCCCCGUUUUGCCUACCGUCAGGGCCGUGUCGAAGAAGCCCGUGAGGUUAUGUGCAAGCUUUACGGUGUCGGCCCUAAUCACCGGUGUAUCGCCCAGGAGAUGAAGGACAUGAAGGACAAGCUCGAGGAGGAGAAGGCUGCCGGACAGGCUGGCUUUUUCGAAGUCUUCACUGGUCCCCGUAUGUUCUACCGUGUUAUGCUGGGAAUUGCUUUGCAGUCGCUGCAGCAGCUCACUGGAGCCAACUUCCUCUUCUACUACGGUAACACCAUUUUCACUUCUACCGGUUUGAACAACAGCUACGUCACUCAGAUCAUUCUGGGUGCCGUCAACUUCGGUAUGACCCUUCCCGGUCUCUACGUGGUUGAGCACUUCGGUCGUCGUAACAGUCUGAUGGUCGGUGCCUCCUGGAUGUUCAUCUGCUUCAUGAUCUGGGCCUCCAUCGGUCACUUCGCCUUGGACUUGGAGAACCCUCCCAACACCCCUCAGGCUGGUACUGCCAUGAUUGUCUUCACUUGCUUCUUCAUCGUCGGCUUCGCCACCACCUGGGGACCUAUCGUGUGGGCUAUCUGUGGUGAGAUGUACCCUGCUCGCUACCGUGCCGUCUGCAUUGGUCUUGCCACUGCUGCCAACUGGACCUGGAACUUUUUGAUCUCUUUCUUCACCCCCUUCAUCUCCAGCUCUAUCGACUUUGCCUACGGUUACGUCUUCGCAGGCUGCUGCUUUGCUGCCGUGCUCGUCGUCUUCUUCUUCGUCAAUGAGACCCAGGGUCGUACCCUUGAGGAAGUCGACACUAUGUACGUCCUCCACGUCAAGCCCUGGAAGAGUGCUGGCUGGACGCCCCCGGAGGGCAUCGUCCGCGAUAUCCAAGGACCCCCCGCUUCCCCAAAGCAGGAGGGUCGGGCUGAGCACAGCGAGCCCGCCACCGAGAUCCGCGAGUAAAUGGUAUCAUGUCUAAUGAACCAGCUACGGCCGUCGCUUACGCAUUGAUACAACGUUUUUGUGUUUUUCGUCGUCCUCUGUAAUCCUUUUUAAUGUUGUGGCGCAACUCUUCUCCUUUUGAAUGUUCUGAAUAUAGCGAUGUGAAUGCAUGCAUGCAUGAGUACAUAUGUUGAGGGGCCAUGAAUAUGGCAUGACUUUUGGAACCAAGGAACCUACUGGCGUUUUGGGUGCAUAAACCAGCAAAGCAAACAUUACGAGCUUAUGCAGUUUAAAGAGAAAUAAAAAUAAUAUAAUAUAUGACAAA